AUGCCAAAUAAGAAGACUGCUGGAAAAAGAGCCCCUGCAAAACGGAAACUUGCUGAAGUGUUUGCUCUGGGGGAGGUUCUAGCAGAUACAUCAAGAAAAGAAUGGAAAUUAGGUGUCCCUAUAGGACAAGGAGGCUUUGGACGCCUGUACCUUGCUGAUGUUAGUUCUUCAAAGUCGGUUGGCAGUGAUGCACCUUAUGUGGCGAAAGUGGAACCCAGCCAGAAUGGACCUCUUUUUACUGAGUUAAAGUUCUACAUGCGAGCUGCUAAGCCAGAUGAAAUUCAGAAGUGGACUAAGUCCCAUAAACUGAAAUAUUUAGGUGUACCAAGAUACUGGGGUUCUGGCUUGCAUGAAAAGAAUGGAAACAGUUAUCGAUUUAUGAUAAUGGACCGAUUUGGCAGAGAUCUUCAGAAGAUGUAUGAAGAGAAUGCAAAGCAAAUUCCCCGUAAAACUGUACUACAAUUAGGCCUGAGAAUACUUGAUAUUCUGGAAUACGUCCAUGAGCAUGAAUAUGUGCAUGGAGACAUCAAGGCCGCAAACCUUCUUCUGAGUUACAAGAACCCUAAUCAGGUGUACUUGGUGGAUUAUGGACUUGCCUACCGAUACUGUCCUGAAGGAGUUCACAAAGCAUAUAAAGAAGAUCCUAAAAGGUGUCAUGAUGGAACUAUUGAAUAUACCAGUAUUGAUGCACACAAGGGUGUGGCACCAUCGAGACGUGGUGAUCUGGAGAUCUUGGGUUACUGUAUGGUUCAUUGGCUUAGUGGCCAUCUGCCAUGGGAGGAUAAUUUGAAAGACCCAGAUUUUGUCAGAGACUCAAAAAUCAGGUGUAGAGAUAAUAUUUCAGUUUUGAUGGACAAAUGCUUUCCUGGGAAAAAUAAACCAGAUGAAAUAGCCAAAUUUAUGGAAAAAGUGAAGCUACUGAGCUAUGAAGAGAAACCUGUUUAUCAGCAUUUCCGAGAAGUACUUCUGCAAGGUCUUAAGGCCAUUGGGCAAAAAGAUGAUGGAGUACUUGACUUUGGCUUGUCAGAGAAUGGAGACUUGCAGACACAUCCUAUGCAAAAGAAAAAAAGAAAGGCAGCAGCUGCAUCCAGUGAGAGGACUGAAGCAGAAAUGGAGGAUACAGAAAGUCCAGAAAAAAAGAAACGUACUUCUAGUAAGCCAAAAUAUUAUGCAGUAGCUACCAGAACCCGGAAGAUGACCUCGCCAAAACCCAAGAAAGGCACAGCAACCAGAAAGAGAGUCCAGAAGUAA